AUGGGUAAAAAGGAAGAUGACCUAGCUACUGCUGAGCAUUGGCUAGAGCAGACUGAGAGGGAGGAUGCCUACCAGUGGUGGGUUACGGUGUCCAAAGUGGUAUCGCCGACAGUGCUUACUUGGGAUUUCUUCUUGGCCGAGUUCAAAAAGAAGUAUAACAGUCAUGUAUACUUAGAGGCUAGAAGGAGAGAGUUCUUAACUUUGAGGCAGAGGCAGCUAAUGGUCUCUGAGUAUGAGAGGGAGUUUGUGAGGCUAAGUAGAUAUGCCUGGGAGACGAUGACUAUAGAGGCAGACCGGUGCCAUAAGUUUGAGGAUGCUCUAAAUGAUAACAUUAGACUUCUAGUGAUGACACUUCGGCUUACAGACUUCUCACAAUUAGUGGUUGCAGCUCUCAAUGUGGAGAGAAGACCCGCUUCUAAGACUGUUGAGUGGCCCGAGGCCAGAGUAGCACCCCGUGUAUACGCUAUGAGGGCUCAGGAGGAACCAGAUCUGAUUGAUGUUCUCAGAGGGAUACAGAUAGAUGGGUUAGAAGAGGACAUACUUGUCACUAACCCUUUGGGCCAUAAGGUGAUAGUAGAUUAUCAGCUGAAGAGAAUCACAUUAAAGAUAGUGGAUGGAGAUGAGAAGGAGACUGUAUAUAAGAUGCAAGAAGAUGGGUGUAGAACUAAUUGA